AAGGACGCAGGAGCAGGAGGCUUCUCGCGCACGCGUACUGGGAGCAUCAGCUCGCGGAUUGUCUCUCGGAGCAGCCAUGGGGAAGGUGAACGUGGCCAAGUUGCGCUACCUGACGCGGGACGACUUCAGAGCUCUGACCGCGGUCGAAAUGGGCAUGAAGAACCAUGAAAUAGUUCCUGGCAGUUUGAUCGCCUCCAUAGCCAGCCUUAAACAUGGUGGUUGCAAUAAGAUUUUAAGAGAACUGGCAAAACAUAAACUCUUAGCUUAUGAGCGAACUAAAACUGUCCAAGGCUAUCGAUUGACAAAUGGGGGUUAUGAUUAUCUUGCUUUGAAAGCACUUUCUUCAAGACAGGUAGUUGACUCUGUUGGAAACCAGAUGGGUGUUGGCAAAGAAUCAGAUAUUUACAUUGUUGCAGACGAAGAGAAGAAACAGUAUGCACUAAAGUUUCACAGAUUGGGAAGGACUUCAUUCCGUAAUUUGAAAAACAAACGUGAUUACCAUAAGCACAGACAUAGGAUGUCUUGGCUUUAUUUAUCCCGUUUGUCUGCCAUGAAGGAAUUUGCCUAUAUGAAGGCACUCUAUGAUAGGAAAUUUCCAGUUCCAAAACCAAUCGAUUAUAAUCGACAUGCGGUAGUCAUGGAACUCAUAAAUGGUUACCCUUUGUGUCAAAUACAUCACAUUGAAGAUCCUGCUGCAGUGUAUAAUGAAGCCAUGGAACUAAUUAUUAAACUUGCUAAUCAUGGACUAAUUCAUGGUGAUUUCAAUGAAUUCAAUCUAAUUUUGGAUAAAGAUGAUCACAUAACCAUGAUUGACUUCCCACAAAUGGUCUCAACAUCUCAUCCAAAUGCUGAAUGGUACUUUGACAGAGAUGUUAAAUGCAUUCGAGAUUUCUUCAUAAGACGUUUCAAUUAUGAAAGUGAACUUUAUCCAACCUUUGGAGAUAUCAGGAGAGAGGACUCUCUUGAUAUAGAAAUUUCUGCCAGUGGAUAUACAAAAGAAAUGCAAGAAGAUGAUGAACUACUCCAUCCUCUAGGUCCUGAUGAUGAGAGUCUUGAAAUAGGAGAAGAAUCUGAAUGUUCUUCAUCACUUGAAGAACUGACAGAGCAAGUAAAGACUUCUAAGUUGGAAUAUGGAAGAGAUGUUAUAGAUAAAUCAGAUGAUGAUUGUAAAAGAAAUUUUUCUGAAGAUCUAGUACAAAGGAAUACAGAUGUACUAUCUGAGGAUAAGAAUAAUGCACAAUAUUUUGGAAUGACUGAAUUCAGUCAUUCAUUAGCAGAAAUUCAGGGAGAGAUUGUUGAAGCAAAAAAGAGAAGUUGCAUACAGCAUUCUGCAACUGAUUUUCAUGAAGAGGAAAACAGCACCAAAAAUAUGAACAAGGGAGAAGAUCAAAUGCAUCAAGAAGAAAUUCCAACUGAUUCUCAGGAAUAUGAAGAUGAAUGCCCUGAUCUGGUUAACUUGUCAGCAUUAAACAAAGAACUCAGGCCUUUCAGGGAUGAAAACAUGGAACAAAUUAAUCACCAUAGAACUAGAACUGAGAGUGUUACUUCUGUAAGCAGUAUUGUAAGCUGUUCUACAAUUCCUCCGGAACUGGUGAAACAGAAGGUGAAACGUCAGUUGACCAAGCAACAAAAAGCUAUAGUGAGACGACGGUUACAGAAGGGAGAGGCAAAUAUUUAUACUAAGCAAAGGAGAGAAAAUGCAUACAACAUUAAGUCAAGCUUAGAAGCAGCUAGUUUCUGGGGAUAAUUAUUGGGACUUUUUUCUAAAAAUGUAAUUUAUAAUACAUUGAGAAGGUGUCUUGAAGAUCUUAUUUUUGGGGGUGAUUUUAGUUAUGUGAAUGUGUGCAUUUGUGCAGCUGACUACUUUGUUUUUUUCUAAUAGGAAACUAUUUUGAAGUGAUUGAUCUUUUUCAAGAAAACAUUUGCCAAAAAAUUUUUGCUAAUAAAUGGAAGCUUUCUAAAAGGCA